UUAUUUUGGCUUGAUUAGGUACGUUAAGUUACAUGAUAUAGUUCGUGAUGUUGCUCUAUGGAUUGCAUCAGAAGAAGAAAGUAGUUUUAUGAUCAAUUCUAGAUUGGAAACACUAAAUAAAAGCUCAGAAUCUAGUAAAGCAAUCUCAUUAUUGGGCAGUGAAAAGAAAAAAUUUCCUGAUAGAUUGAUGCAUUCAAAGCUUGAGAUCCUAUUGCUCAAUAACUGCGAUAUACAAGGUACAUGUUUUUUAGGAAUGACAGAACUAAAAGUUUUAAAUCUUACAGCUGUAUAUGGUACGGGGGUUAUUUCCUUGUAUGCUCUUACGUUCCUACCAAAACUCCGUGCUCUGCAUUUGGACAAUUUUGCGCACUAUUCGUUUCUUGGAAACCUAACAACACUUGAGAUCCUGAGUUUACAUGGUUGGGUGUACGAGGAUCUUGCAGAUGAAUUAGAGAUGUUAGAAAAUCUAAAGAUAUUGGAUCUAAUCAAUUGUGCGUGUUCUGGGAGAUUUCAAUCUAAAGUUAUUCGAAGGUUGUCUCAGUUAGAGGAGUUGUAUCUACCAAGAUCGGGUAUAAGUAAUGAUAUCUUUCUCGAGAUAAAAUUUUUGACCAAAUUAAGGAGACUAUCAGUUGAGGUACAUUCUCUACAUUGUCCACUAGACUUCGAGUUUCCUGAAUUAGAAAAUUACAAAAUUGGCAUAAACUGUUUUAGUAUAAAUUUUGGUUACUGAGAAAUGUCCGGUUUUGGUUAUACUAUUGACACAACAAGAUCCUUGAAAAUUGAGGAAGUGUUUCCUUACAAUGCAUUUUCCCAAUUACUUGGGAAUUUAGAGUCUCUUGAAGUGUCAAAAAUCAAGGAUGAGUAUGUAGAAUGCUUGACUAAUAAAACACAACCAAAGGUGUCGGUAUCAAUGAUCUUACGAAAUCUAAAACUAGUGAGAAUCGAUUACUGCAAGAAUCUAAAAGUGGUAUUUCAAAUGGAGGAGGUGGAGGAAAAUGAAGCUCCACUCCUUUCAAAUUUGAAGAUUUUACGUCUUCAAAGGUUGCCAGAUUUGAGUUGCAUAUGGGAAUUGCCAACCCAACAUGUAAGACUUGAAAGCUUAGUUGAAUUGACUAUACUACACUGCCCACGUUUGAAAUCACUCUUUUCACUUUCUCUUGCUCAAAGUCUCGUACUCUUGGAAAAACUUGAGAUAAUCUAUUGUCCUGAGUUGAAGCAAACAGUGACAGAAUUAGAAGGUGACAAGGGAGAAAUAUCACAUACUAUCAAUUCUCAUACUUCUUUGUCCUUCCCAAAGUUAACAAAACUCUACAUAUCUACUUGUGAUGGUUUGGAGUAUAUUUUUCCGACCCAACAUGUAAGACUUGAAAGCUUAGUUGUUUUGACUAUAAAAAAGUUCCCACGUUUGAAAUCACUCUUUUCACUUUCUCUUGCUCAAAGUCUAGUACAAUUGAAACGUCUUGACAUAAGCUACUGUGAUGAAAUGAAGCAAAUAGUGACAGAAUUGGAAGGCGACGAGGGAGAAAUAUCACCAACCAUCAAUUCUCAUAAUUCUUUGUGCUUCCCAGAGUUAGGAGACGUCAGCAUAUCAAAUUGUUAUGGUUUGGAGUAUAUUUUUCCAACGUCGAUGUCACCACAAGGGCUUCAGGGUUUGACUCUUAACGUAGAGGCUUGCUCUCAAUUAAAACAAGUGUUUAGAGUUGCCAAAGACAGGGUGGGAAAUGACAGUAUGCUCCAACACCAGCAAUUCUUGAGAUCGUUAUCGUCCUUUUCAGUGAAAAGAUGCCCUCUAUUAACUGAUUUGGUUGUUCAUUUAGAAGCUAAGAAAGCUUCCAUAAAGGGUGUUCGACUAUCAGCAUUCAAGGAAUCAUUCAAAACUUCAAAACAACUUGAAGUUAGAGAAAUUCAGGAUCUUGAAUGCUUGGUUGAUACAACAAAGAAUGGGCCAACUUCAGCAUUCACUCAUUUGGAGACAUUAUUUAUGGAAGAUAUGGAUGGGUUGGAAGCCUUAUGCAAGGGUCAGCCUCCACAAGGUUUCCUCAAAAACUUGAAACAUCUGGAAGUUGGAGAAUGUUGUAAGUUGCAAGUGCAUUGA